CCGCGGGCGGGGCGGGGAGGAGGCGGAGCCGCGGGGCAGGGCGCGCGGGGGUCGCAGCGCAGAGCUCCAGCUCCAGCUCUAGCGCGGCUGCAUCGGGCGGCAUGGCGAGCACGGCGUCGGAGAUCAUCGCCUUCAUGGUCUCCAUCUCUGGCUGGGUGCUGGUGUCCUCCACGCUGCCCACCGACUACUGGAAAGUGUCUACCAUCGACGGCACGGUCAUCACCACUGCCACCUAUUGGGCCAACCUGUGGAAGACGUGCGUUACCGACUCCACCGGUGUCUCCAACUGCAAGGACUUCCCCUCCAUGCUGGCGCUGGACGGUCUGCAUCCCCUCGGCCCCUUUCCUGGCCUUCGCGGCUCCCCGGGCCAUCGGCGGGGGCGCCCGCUCGGUCCCACGACCCCCGCCGGGGCCCCUGGGCCGUGCUCCGCCGAGACCCAGCCCUUCUCCCUCCCCAGGGCUUGUCCGAACCCAGCACCCCGAGGCCGGGGACCGGGACGCGCACAGAGGCCUGGGCUGGGUGGUUUUACACUGAAAAGCACCAUUAGGUAUGAAUUAGGAGCUGCUUUGUUUAUUGGAUGGGCGGGAGCCUCACUCUGCAUAAUCGGUGGCGUCAUAUUUUGCUUUUCAAUAUCUGACAGCAACACGCCCAGAAUGGGAUACGUGUACAACGGGGCCACGUCUGUCAUGUCUUCUCGGACAAAGUAUCAUGGCGGAGAAAGAGAUUUUAAAACCACAAACCCUUCAAAACAGUUUGAUAAAAAUGCAUAUGUCUAAAAAGAGCCCUACUGCAAGUUGGGUGUUGAGUUUGUUACAAAAGUGAACUGUACAUGAAUUGAUCCCAUCAAAGCCCUCCUAUAAUUAACACCCCAACUAUUUUUAAAAUAUGAAUUUGAAGAAUGUGUUGAUUGUACGGAUGUAAUGUUCUUAUAUAGCUACAUACUGAUCAUUUUCUGUUGUGGCUUUCUAUAUAAAAAUAAAUAGGCUAUUUACAGGAUUUGUUUAUAUUUUAUACAUUUAUAGAACAUGUAGAUUAUUUAGCACCAAAGGUUAGAGAAAUAUUCAUAAUGGUGCCUUCUUAAUCACUCAGACACUACCAUAUGUGUUCCUGUUCCUUGUCUCUUCUUCAUAUAUUAAACAGAUGGUCUGUGAGGAGUGGUGUGUCGUCAACAGUAUGGGCACACUCUGUGACUAGCCCUCAAGACGUUUGGUUAGGAUGGACGUACUCCUGGCUGCAGAGCUGACGUCUAGUUUCUUAGACCUGCCACCACUGAUUCACGACUGCUAAGGAGGUGCUGAUGGGGCCAAGGUGUUACUGUCUGUGCCCUGGCCUGUUCGCCUUAAAUAACCACUGAGGCUCUGGCUGAGAAAGCCAGUUCGGGAACCGAGCUAGAGACACUGGUUGACUUUGGAGCCAAGAGGGGAAAUCUUGGAGCCUGCGUGGGACCUGCCGCACUCAGAACCUAUGGGACAAGUCUGGUACGUCUUGUGGGUCCCGUGUGUGGAAUGAACUGGGUAAUGGAGAAACCAUCUUUUAAGACAUGUAAGUCGCUCAAGAGACCUGUGAACCAAGAUGAUGAUCUAUUCCUAGGGCCACAGCCCAUUUACCACAUGCCCCUGAAGGGGACAGCCAUCUCAGUUAAAACACAGGGUACGUGUGUGGCAGGCACCCACCUGAACAUUUUCCUGCGGUUCCUUACUUCAGGCUCGGGCCCUCCCCCGAGGAAGUGCCUAGUUAGGAUCUUCAGUUGACAGGGAAGGAAAUGGAAGCCGAGAGUUUAAGUAACUUGCCACAAUGAGUGACAAAAACAGGACUUUGAUUGAGGAAGUCCAGGGUAAAACAGUUUCAACCUUUGGAUGAGAAUCUGUGAGCCAGACAUUUUCCAAUACUAAUCACAGCACGGGUGGGUGAAUACAUUUUCCUGAAGCGUAAAAUAGACUUUAAAGGAAAAUCACAGUGCUUGGAGGUGCUCAGUGGGAAGAAAAGUAAAUGAACAAGUUUGUUACCAAAUAUGUAAUAUACAUUCCAGACCUGAUAAUACUGAAAACUGAUUUUCCAUGGAUACAAACUCAGUCAUAGAGGGAGGUUAGGUGAUAUAAGCUGGUGGAACAAGGGGCAAGUUUAGUGUAUGUUUAAAACAAAGUUUUUGACUUCAGAGAUGCACUGGCAAAAAAUGUGAUGUUUAGAUUGUACUGAACCAUUCUAGUUCCUGAAAAAUUUAGGGGAGGAGGAGGCGAGUGCCGAAAAGCUCCUUUAGUAGCCAGAAACACGUUAGCUGUGCAUGAACAAGUCGAAUCCAGUAGGACAGAUGAUAGGACUCAACAGUGAGUUAAAAGACCAGCUUUUGCAACACAGAUGUGCUGACUUAACUGAAGUAUUUACUCAGCAGAAGUUCUUCAUGUUCCACCCCUUCCGUUCAGGGACACAGACGUGGCCUGCACAGGGAGGCCCGAGACCCAGUUGGUCCUGCCUUUGUCACUCUCUAGCUGUAUGGCCUCUGGCAGGUUAUUUAGUCACUCUAAAUUUCUCACCUCUUGAGGACGAGGAUUAUAAUAACUACACCUCAAAGCUGUUAUAGUCAAGUGAACAAUGCAUGUUCAUAAAAUAAACCCAAGUGUUCAGUAAAUAUCCAUUGAAGAAAAGCCUAAAUGCACACAGAGGCCUGGUGCCUCCUUAGGCACAGUGUUUUGGCAGGUGGUUUAUCUCUGUCCUAUAUGAAAAUUUGAUUCUGUCUUUAUUAAUAAAGUUUCUGGAAACUUA